CGCCCCAGCCCGGCGUGUUCCGCGUCCGCAGACACUCGGAGCCCUUGCGGAAGCCGUAUUUCGCCCUCCGAGGCCCCGACGCCGCCGCACCGCCAGCAUGGGCGGCUACCUGAGCAGACACCUGGGCAGAUACCUGCGCACGGCCAAGGCCGCGCUGCCACGCCCCGCUUGGGGGAACCGCUACCUGCGGGCCAGGCCCGCCCCCCACCGCCGCGGCCCGGUCCAGAGCCAAGUCAUCUCGGUGCACCGGGAGCGCUGGAUGCAGAGCCGGACCCGCCUCCCGCUGCCGCCCCACCUGGACCACCCCCGAGUCCAGAGGGUCGUAGUGCCCAAGGCCUGGAGGAGCUUCCGCGGCAAGUCCCCCCUCCACACCUUCCUGGGGCUGGAUUUCUCUAGCAGGCGCGAGAGCUUCGUGAGGCACUGCCUCUGGAAGGCCCAGAACGUCCUGAACGUCUGGAACAUGGUGACCGUCAACAUCGCUCCUCCUGAGGGCGGCGGGAGCUCCAGCGGGCGCCCAGCCACCCAGGAGCGCCCGCACUCCUGCGCCAAGGAGAUCCGGCUGAGGGCUCGCAGCCCGGGCCAGAGAGGGAAGAAGAGGAGCCGCAGAGCUCUCCGGUUCGAAGGCCCCCCGGCCAAGAGGAGGCGGCAGAGCCCAGGGGCCAGGCCGUCCGCCUUCAGGCCUGUGUGGAAAGAUGGCAUGGCCCCUUCCUUCGUGCCCAGGCCUGGGCCUCUGAGAAGAGGCCUCUUCUGGCAUCCCGCCGACCAGGAGGCCACCCAGCCCGGGCCCGACCCGCUGCCAGGGCACCAGCAGGCCCCAGGAGAGUCACCGGGCCUCGGCUUGAGAGCAGAUGAGCGUGUCCCAGAGCCUGGGCCCUCCUGCAGCCUGGGGCUCCCGUUGUAUCCUGAGCCACCGCCUGAGACUCGAACCAGCAGUCCUUUUACCCCGCUGACCCCCGCUCUACCCCCGCAUGAGUGACCGGCCCCGGCAGCCAGCCCUCACCGCCCGGGCAGCAGCUCCGCCCAGGCCCCAGACCCACCUCCCUUGACCCACGGGGCUGGCAUCCAAACCUCGGUCUUCCUCCUGCCCUCCCCCUGCCCGCCUUCUCCCUGGAGACACACUUAGCGGGAAGGCCUGCUUCUCCCCUUUUCCCAGUUUCUUGAGUGAAAACAGUGUUCUUCUGUUAGUAACAAUAAUAAAGUUUCGUUA